AUGGGCUUUGGGAUCCCGGUGAUGGGCUUUGGGAUCCCGGUGACGAGCUUUGGGAUCCCAGUGAUGGGCUUUGGGGUCCCAGUGAUGGGCUUUGGGGUCCUGGCCUCGGCAGGAGAGUGCGGGGAGUGCGGUCCCGGCUACGCCUCCCCCCUGGAUGCCAUGAAAGGCCCUCGGGAAGAGAUCAUCUACGUGCCCUGCAUCUACAGGAACACGGGACGGGGCCGACCCGACUUCCUGGCCACUGUGGACGUGGAUCCCAAAUCCCCCACCUACAGCCAGGUGAUCCACCGGCUGCCCAUGCCCAACGUGGGGGAUGAGCUGCACCACUCGGGCUGGAACGUUUGCAGCAGCUGCUUCAGGGACCGGGGCAAGAGGAGGAACCGCCUGGUGCUGCCCUCCCUCAUCUCCUCCAGGAUCUACGUGGUGGACACGGGCACAGACCCCCGGGCACCCCGGCUCUUCAAGGUGGUGAACCCCGAGGAAGUGUUCUGGAAGUGUGGCCUGGGGUACCCCCACACCUCCCACUGCCUGGGCAGCGGCGAGAUCAUGAUCAGCACCCUGGGGGACCCCGCUGGCAACGGGAAAGGUGGGUUCAUCCUGCUGGACGCGGAGACCUUCGAGGUCAAGGGGAACUGGGAGAGGGGGGACGAGACCCCCCCCAUGGGCUACGACUUCUGGUACCAACCGCGGCACAACGUCCUCAUCAGCACCGAGUGGGGGGUCCCCAAGUGCCUGGGCUACGGCUUCGACCCCCGGGACCUCAAAAAAGGGCGUUACGGGCGCCGGCUGAACGUGUGGGAUUGGAGCUCCCACCGGUACGUCCAGGCCAUCGACGUGGGGGAGGAUUCGGCGCCGCUGGAGAUCCGGUUCCUGCACGACCCCGACGCCGCCGAGGGCUUCGUGGGCUGCACCCUGAGCAGUGCCAUCCACCGCUUCUUUAAAACACAG